AUGUUUGGAGUCAGCAUCAAUCGCUUCGGCAGCUCAGGCUCCGACCUUUUCGCCAACCAUGCCAUAUCCAACCCGAUAUUCUGCUCGAUGUGGCGAUCAGUUGGGUUCCUGAUAUCACUCGCCGUUGUCCUCGAGGGAAUGACCUUUGUGGCCUUCGUCGUGAUUUUGGCAGGAGGAAAACAGAUGAGAGAAACUGGCUGGAAGAUGUUGACGGUGUUUCUGGUCCUGAUUGGUCUUGUCCAGGCUGGCGGAAUGGGUCUAGUGAUGACGCAUGCUGACAUGAAUGGACAGUCAUACCUGUUUGACAACGAUGACCGCUUCUACCCUGGAUGGAAGCUCGACGAUUCGUGGAUCCUGUGCACCGUCAGUAUGUGCCUGAUGGUGGUCAACGCGGUGGCAAUGUACACGAUAGCCCGAGUGCUGCCAAACGAAGGCGGCUACGAGCUGAUAGCUGACCACGACUGA